AUGAAGAUUCCUCUUGGUCUGGAUGUCUCUUCUACUUCUGCCUCGACUACUUUGGCUUGUCGACUCAAGAAAUCUUUAUAUGGCCUCAGGCAGGCUUUCAGACAGUUAUUUUCUAAACUGUCUGAAGCAAUGCAUUCUAGGGGCUACAUUUCUAGUCUCAAUGACUACUCUUUGUUCACUAAAUCUUCAUCUGGUUCUCUUGUUGUUAUGGCUGUCUAUAUUGAUGACAUAUUGCUAGCUGGGGAUGAUGUUACUGAGUUAGACUCCUUGAAGUUAUUUCUGGACAACCAGUUUAAAAUCAAUGACUUGGGAACAUUUCAUUACUUUCUUGGAUUGGAGAUCUCAUCUCAUCCUCAAGGCUAUCUUAUGACCCAGUCCAAGUACACCACUGAUCUCCUAGCUGAGUUCAACUGCCAUCAUUUUUCUCCUGUUUUCACACCUCUGGAUCCUUCUAUCAAACUUCAUUUGGAUAUAGGGUCACCUGUCUCUGAUCCUAGCAUGUAUAGAAGGCUGAUUGGGAAGUUGAAUUUUUUACGACACACAAGGCCUGACAUCUCUUUCUUUGUUCAGUAUCUCAGUCAAUUUAUUCAACAUCCUCAGGUUCCACACAUGAUAGCUACAUUUCAUGUUUCAAGGUAUCUCAUGAAUGACCCUACACAGGGUAUCUUGCUUUCCAAUUCUCCUGGCAUGUCUCUUAUGGGCUUCUCUGAUUCUGAUUGGGGUUCUUGCACUAUUUCUCGCAAGCCUGUCAGUGGUUAUUACAUCACUCUUGGUGAUAAUCCUGUUUCUUGGAAGAACAAGAAACAACCUACUAUAUCCCUGUCUUCAGCAGAAGAUGAAUAUAGAGCUCUGCGGAAAGCUGCUGCUGAAAUAGCUUGGCUGAUCAAACUACUUGGUGACCUUGACUUGCCUAUCUCCAAUCUUGUUCCUGUGUAUUGUGAUAGUCAGGUUGCUCUACAUAUCGCCAAGAAUCCUGUCUUCCAUGAGAGAACUAAGCAUAUUGAGAUUGAUUGCCAUUAUGUGCGUGAAUGUGUAUAUGCUGGACUUAUUUCUUUACACUUUGUUUCCAGUGCAGAUCAGUUGGCCGAUAUUAUGACCAAGGCCUUGUCUACUCAGCUUCAUUAUGGUAUUCUUAGCAAGCUUGGUGUUUCUUCACCCUCAAGCUUGAGGAGUGGUGUUAGAGCCCAAUCUGGUAGUCCAUCUAAAUAA